AUGAAUUCGAAAGGGUGUUUUCGUGUUCUUCUCAUCUUCUUCAUGAGCUUCGAUCACAUUCGUGGAAGUGCAACUUACAAGUCCAUAAUUUGGGAUCAUGAAAAUCCACUGUGAGUGAAAAUCUCGUUUUGCAUGUUUCAUGUCUGACUCUUUCAUGAAUGCUCCUGUUACAGGAACGGGCAACUUUAAUUCUUUUAUACUAUCUACUAUUUUAAAUCGAUAGCAGAUUGCGAAACCUGAAAGCCAAUAUCAAAGUUAGUUUCCCGUAGCCACUCAUUUGUUCUAAGACGUUAAGAUUUGAAUGCGCAACUACUGGCGGUCCUAGCUCACGUCUGGAGAAAGAAAAAAAAAAUAUCAACCGACAAUUUAUGCCAUCACUGUUAUUCCUGUCAUAAGACGUCUUGUGUGAGGAAUAACAGUGAUGGCAAAGCAAGCUUAAAACGGCAAAAAUCACCAGAAACUACCAUGGACACACAAAAUGUGCGUAAUUUCUAUUGAUUUUAUGUUUAGAAUGUUCAUAUUUCGUAAUAUUUAUCGUUGUAAAUCGACCGUAUUUCGUUCCCCAUGCUAUUCCUUUAAUAUAUAACGUUUUCAAAUUCUCAGCAGUUCCUCUCGUAACUUAACACCGAGUCACACAACGCGUGACGCUUUCAUGAUUAAAUUGUUUGCUUUUUCUCGAGACGUGAGCUUGGGUCACCUGUCGCGCAACUAGCCUGUAAUUUCUUGUGGUUUGCAGAACGACACUGACAAUGAGAAUUUGACACGCGUUUCUCUGAUCUCCGUUUCAUUGUUUCCUCAUGCUUGGGGUCAAAAAAUUUAUCUUUUAGAUGAGGUAGACUCAUGUUUCCCGUGCAGAGCUUUGCUUUUUGACAAAAAUUUACCCUAGAUCUUCAAAGAGCUCUCUCUACGGUCGAAACUAACAAUUUGUCGUGAUAUCUUUUUUUAAUUGUACCAUUGUACUUGGAGCCAAUGUUUAUUUUGCCUUUGUGUACUACAAGACGAUAUUGGCAGCUUCUGUCCUUUUUAAUCCCCCAACUAGCAUGCAUGUCUCUGUGAAAGCUUUAAUGAAGUUGUUAGUACUGCAGCAGUUAGUAACACAGAAGAAGUUCUCAUAAAAUACAUUUGCACUGUACUUGGUGGUAGAUAGUUAAAAUUUACAUUGAUUUUAUGUUUUGUGUUGAAAUUUGUGCAUCAUGAGCAAGAUCUGUAACUCAGUGUAAAAGGUUCCACUGGGUUUAGGUUGCUUUGAUAAAGUUGUUUCUCAUGGGGGAAAACAUCUGCAUGGCUAAACACUGUAUACUUUAUCAGGUUAAUUAAGUCAGGUAAUCAGUCAAAUUAGCCAAAAAAUGGAAAGUGUGAUCACAAGAAAUACAGAUGAAACAACAAAUAUUUAAAAAUUGUUGCAACUGAUUUGAUUUGAGGUAGUUAAACAGCUGGCAUUUUGUAAGGUUAAGGAUGACAAUUACAUAUACAUGUGGUUAUUGUCCUUUCCCCUCACAAAUGCUUGUACAAUGGUGUACAGAUGUAGCAUUCCUUGCCAGGCAUUGAGUUAAUCUAUUGAAUUAUCUGGAAGAUACUGUAGGUCACAGAAGAAUGUGCUAUAUAAAGGCAUCAUUAUACUUACCAUUAUCAUUAUUGUCAUCAAUAUCAUGAGAAAAUGAAGAGAGUAAUCAAGGUGAGGUGUUCUUUUACUACAAGUGGUGAUUACGAGCCGCUUGUUAUGGAAAUGCAGAGAGGACCUGGAUAAACAAGUGUUUUGAGGGCUGAGAGUAGCUUCUACAAAGCUAUUGUUAUGGCACAAGCACACAUGGUUAAUAGUUAUCAGUUGGACUCUUUGUAGGAUAACUAUUUUUUGAUGUCUGCAUCACUUGACACAUGGUACAACUGAAUCUACACCUGUUCAAAUUUUUUUAUCCAAACAGGUUUAAAAAUGAUUGCCCCUCAGGGAAGCCCAAGCUCUUCAAUGUGGAAGCUAAUUCAAAAAUCAAUUUUGUGUGUCCAAAUGUAGCCACGAUGAUGGACUCAACUUUGAGGGAAGUUACAAAAGCAAACAGGUAUGAGAACCUUUGGCUGGUACACAACAGUGCUGCCUUCGAUGGUUGUAAUGUUAUGCAGGAUCCAAGGCAUUUCAUGCUCAUGCGCUGCGAAGACCCCACAUCACUUCAGUUCCGCACUGUCAUAUUCCAACGGCAUUCAGCUGAACAUCAUCUAACAUUUCAGAAAGGAAAAUCCUAUUUCUUCAUCUGUAAGUUUCAAAAUAACUAA